GGAGCUCCGCGCGCCCUCCGGGAAGCGCAGGCCUGGCGCCGCUUGCUCCUCCCCGGGGCUGUUAACGGACGGACUACAUUUCCCAGGACGCAAAGCAGGGGGCGGGGAGGAAGGUCCAGGAACGCUCAAGUUAAAGGAGAAGGAGCAGGGAAAGGGUUGUCUGUCCGUCCGUGGUGGAGCGUCCAGGAGAGGACCCAGCCGGGCCGGGAGCGAGUGUCGCCGCCGCGGGCGGAAAGGGCUUCCCGCAGGCUUCCUCUGGAGAAAGUCGCGUUGUUUUCAUCCGGGCUUCAGCUCGUGUCAGCGGGCGCGCUUCGGAGCUGCCGCCGUUCCUGCGACGGAGGACCCGGAAAAGAGCGAGAGGGAAGCCCCGAGGGCCCCCCAGGCCCUUGUUUAUUUUGUUUAAUUAUUUAUUACAUUUAUAUAUCGCCCCAUAGCCAAAGCUGUCUGGGCGGUUUAAAAAAAUUAAAAACUUUGGACAUUAAAAACAAAUACAUAAUUUUAAAAACCAUGCAGAGUUUAAAACCAUCAAGCACAGAUAAACCAGGCUCAACAGUACAAAGCGGAGACGCCUGUUUUGAAUGCAUGGCUGGAAAAGAGGUGGACUGGACUGUCAUUGUUCUGACAUGUCAACACAAGGACAGCGUCUUUGCCUUCCACAAGGAGCUUGAGGUGCGCCGGGAUCGGGGUUCCCUGGGACGACAGCCCAUCCUGCUCACAGUUGAAGACCCAAAGGCCCAGGUUGGCAGUGGCGGGGCCACCCUCAAUGCUCUCCUGGUGGCAGCUGAACACCUGAGUGCUCGAGCAGGCUACACGGUGGUAACUUCUGACGUCUUGCAAAAGGCCUGGGUUCUUAUUCUGCACAUGGGCCGGGACUACUUGUUUGAUGACUGCAGCCGAGCAUUCACCUGCCUCCCCCUGGAGGAGCCUGCAGCCCCUGCGGAGGCACUCACCUGCAACCUGGACCGCCUCCUGGCCACCUUGACACACCAGGUGUGCCGAGGCUCCCCGCCUGGGGUGUGGGUUUCCAGCACAGACAUGCUUCUCACAGUCCCUACCAUGGCAGAGAUCGAUUGGCGUAGAUUCCAGGGGGUGAGAGUCGUAGCUGUGCCCGGAAGCAUCUCCUAUGCCAGGCAGCAUGGAGUCUACCUUGCUGAUGCUCAGGUGUUCCUGUUCUGCUUUCCCAUGGAUUCAUCCAUGGAUUUCCCAUGGAUCACACAACCACCCACAUUUCAUACAGGAGGGAAUCAUGAUAGAGACAAGAACUUCGAAUAUCUGCCCUGGGUCCACCUCCACUGGCUUUCCACAAGGCCUCUUCACUGUGGAACUGGCAAUGAUUUCUUCCAUAAAUCAGCUCCCGAGUGGGUACAAAUGGAGGGUGCUUCAGCCAGCAACUCUGUCCUCGUAGAGGGGGUUGUGCAAGACAUUCUCUACCAAAACCCUGAGGACCAAAUCAAGCAAUGCGUGGGACCCGAUGGGAAGGUCCCACUGGUGUGUGGGGUUGUCUUCUUCUCCUCUGAGACAGCAGAGCAGCUUCUGGCCACCCACGUCAUUCCCCCCCUUGAUGCCUGCACCUACCUGGGGCUGGACUCAGGAGCUCCAGCCACUCAGCUCUCGCUCUUCUUCGACAUCCUGCUGUGCAUGGCUCAGGGGGUGAGCAAAGAGGCCUUUCUGGAGGGACGGAGCCCAGGGACGGGCAGCGGAGAUGCCCAGGAUGCAGGGGCAGCAAGGAGUGCCCGGUCUGUGCUGUGGAAGGCUCUCCAUGCCGUGCCGCUCACAAUGGUGUACAUCCCGGAGGGCUGCUAUGACUACAUGACCAUGUCUGCCAGCAACCACAUCUGCCACCUGACGCCCCAUGUGGGCACUGCCCGCAGCAGCUCCUUCCGCAAAGUGGCGCAUUCCCACGUGGCCGAGCCUCAGCUGCUGGCUGAGGGCUGCUCCGUCACCAACAGCGUCUUGGAGGGAGCCGUUGCAGUGGGGCCUGGGAGUGUCAUCCAGCACUGCUGCUUGAAGGGCCCCUUGGAGAUCCACACUGGCUGCCUCCUCACUGGGCUGGACGUGGCAUCCUCUGUGGCCCUCAAGAACCACCUGCUCAAGGAUGUGGUGAUUCAGGGACAUGCUGUCAGACUGAGAGAGAUCCCCUGCACGGUUUUCACCCUGAGUGGGCGUUACGACGACUGGCAGAGUCCGGCAGAAGAAAAUGGCACCUACCUGAAUGUGCCGUGGGCCGAGUUUUUCCUCAGAACAGGAAUACGGAGCCAGGACCUUUGGAGCCCAGACACCGCCUCCGCCUUCCCGCCCUGCCUGCUGAACGCUCGCCUCUUCCUGGUGCUCCAUGCCUCUGAGUCCCUGGGCCUGGGGGAUCUCCUCUGCCUCCUGGGCUCCCCGGGGGCUGGGCAGCUGCAGCGCUGGCGGACUUCCUGGCGCAUGUCCUGGGAGGAGCUGCGGGGAAUCCUGGACCAGGAGGCGGAGUUGGCCUCCCGCAGGGCCACUUUCUUCCUGCAGGCCCAGAGCAAAACCCGGAGGGUCCUGAUGGAGCACAGCAGUUGCAGCCUGCUGCCGCUGAUCCGCUCAGCCGUCCUGGAGGGCUACCAGGAGGCCAUGCUGGGCACGCUGGACCAGGUUGCCUCCACGGCAAGCGACCCUGGCAUUGCCGCUCGAGCCCUGGCUUGUGUUGCCGACCUCCUGGGUUGCAUGGCCAAAGGGGAAGGGGGCUUGCGGAGUGGCCCUGCGGCCAACGCGGCUUGGAUCCCUGCCUUCCGGCAUCUUGAGGAGGGAAACAUCCCUGAGGGCAUAAAGGAGCUGGCCGAGGAAAGGAAGAAGUGGCUGAACAGGCCAGGCCUACUUGUCCGUGCUGCUCGGCAUUACGAGGGUGCUGAGCAGAUCCUCAUCCGCCAGGCAGUGAUGUCCUCCGGCCAGUUCAUCAGCUUCAGGCAGGGGGAGCUGCCUCCCAUGGGCCACUGGCUGAGAGUGGCGUGCCCAGCCAGAGUAGACCUGUCUGGUGGCUGGAGUGACACUCCACCUAUCACGUAUGAACAUGGAGGAGCAGUGGUAGAUCUGGCUGUCUUGGUGGAUGGGCACAGGCCAAUUGGUGCCCAAGCCCGGCGCAUUCCUGAGCCAGAGCUGCAGCUGGUUAGCUGCAGUGGAAGGCUGGAGGGAGAGGUGGUAGUGGAGCUUGUGUGUCGAGACCUGGAGAACUUGUUGGAUUACUGCCAGCCUCAUGCACCAGGAGCCUUGCUGAAAGCAGCCUUGAUUUGCACUCACAUCGUGGACCUCCCUUCCCAGAAGACCUUGCGAGAACAGCUGAAGGAGCGCUUUGGAGGCGGCCUUGAACUCCGCACCUGGUCACAUCUUCCUCAUGGAUCAGGGCUGGGCACCAGCAGCAUCCUGGCAGGUGCUGUGAUAGCAUCUCUGUACUGGGCAUCUGGGCGAUCCACCAGUGUAGAGUCCCUCAUUCAUGAUGUGCUGCAUUUGGAGCAGGUUCUCACCACAGGUGGAGGAUGGCAGGACCAGGUUGGUGGGCUGAUGCCAGGCCUCAAGAUUGGGCGUUCGAAGGCUCAGCUGCCAUUGAAAGUGGAAGUGGAGCAGAUCACCGUUCCGGAGGGUUUCAUACACACCCUGAAUGAGCACCUGCUCCUGCUUUACACUGGGAAGACACGCCUUGCCCGCAACCUGCUCCAGGAUGUCGUCAGGAACUGGUAUGCCCGGCUGCCCACCAUUGUGCAGAAUGCCAGCGCUCUGGUGAGCAACGCGGAGGAGUGUGCCCAGGCUCUUCAGCAAGGCAGCCUGGCUCUCUUGGGCAAGUGUAUGAAUCAUUACUGGCAGCAGAAGAAGAGAAUGGCCCCUGGUUGUGAGCCUCUGGCUGUCCAACGCAUGAUGGAGGUGCUCCAGCCUUAUGUCUAUGGGCAGAGCAUGGCUGGUGCUGGAGGCGGUGGCUUCCUCUACGUCUUAACAAAGGAGCCCAGGAGCCAAGAGGCCUUGCAAAGGAUCCUCACAGAAACAGAGGGCCUGGGAAACUUCAGCGUCCACAUGGUGGAAGUGGACACAGUGGGCUUUCACAUGCAGCUUCUGGAGGAGGAGGGGGAGUGCUAGGCCCGGUGCCUUUCCCUGCCCACACCCACCCUACAGCUGUGCAGGAUCAUCCAUUGAUGGGUGAAUGACUCAGUGGCUGCUUAGGCCUGUUUAGUCUUUGGUUUCAUGCGUACAGGUGGUGGAAUGAGAACCCUGAACACAGCAGCUUCCCCUCUCAAAAGAGAAAGCAGGUGAGGCGUGUGGGUGGUCUGCAGCCUUUGUGGCUUUUAUUGGCCAUGUUUUCAUAUCUGUACCUCCAAAGUCAGAUGCAUCAGACCAAGGGCCUCCCUAGUCCUUGCCAGUGGCCAGUUGGAAAGGGAGCCUGGGGGCAGCCCACAAGCAAAACACGAGGACCCCAUAGUGCCCUCGUCCGUCAUUUCAAGCCUCUUGUGUGGAAGGCAAAGUCAGAGAUCACCAAAGGAUGACUCAUCCUGCUUUCAGACGGUUACUGAUCCCUGCAACCAUCUCCAAGGUCCAACCCAGCAAAAGGGGCCGAGGCACAACACACUGAACUUUUGAGGUUCAGCAGUGCCAAUCAUUUGGCCACGUAGACGGGAUCAGCUGACUGGAAAAAGCCUUUUGCAGCUUGUACCAAAAUGGAAUGGAAAUCUCAGCAGGAGCCUCUCCCUCCCCACUCCUCAGCUCAUGUCAUUUCUUCCUCGCGGCUACACUGGAAACAUUACAAAUGGCAUCCAUCGCAAAGGCUGGCACUGAUGUCCCCUGACAUGGCAUACAAAUUCACAUGACUGCGAUGUGAGACCGCGAGAGUGCUGUGAUUUGUUUGGGUAGGAGCCGCCUCCCAGAAUGGUUCAGAGCAGCACUUUCAACCCAUCCGGAAGACCUUGGACAAGAGCCAUUAGCCACAAUUCCAGCAUAAAUGUUGAGGUUGGUUGUUUUAAUGCCCAAGGAAGUUUCAGAACACUUUUUUUAUACCUCAAGGUGGUAGAAUACCUCCUGGAAAUUUGUGGUUUGGUGUGGGAGGACAUCUGGGCGUGUGUCAGGCAAGAGCUGCUGUGAGUCAACCCUUCCCCUGGCCCACCUGCUAGUUCAGACUGCCGUUGUGUGCACAGACUAAAGGAUUGGUGUCCUCUCUUCCACAGUGGGGCGGGCAGGCAGGCGUGCAGGGGGAGGGCUCUGCAGCUGCGAGGGGUUCCCUUCUGCAAACUGUAUAAUGGAGCUAGGAGCCACAAAAGCACCCGGCCUCCCAUGGAUGGGUAGAAGAACCACUUCUUUCCAAAGACGGAGGUAAACUUACUAAAAAUGUGCACUAGGAAGUGCAGUGGUCUUAGGGAAUAGCAGGCAGCCAUGGCAGGUGAGCUGCAGUCACACAGAUGGCAGACAAGCGGAUGGUGUACCAGCCAGGUUGAAUAAAAAUCAGUAAUUUUUAUAUUAUAAAAUGUUAAA